GGCCAUUCCUUGAGUCUCUGCUCUAAACUUUGGUUCCAUGUCCCCUCCUAUGGAUAUUUUUCCCCCUUUUAAGAAGGAGUGAGAGCAUCCGCAUUUUGGCCAUCCUUCUUCUUGAGCUUCCUUUGGUCUGUGGAUUGCAUCUUGGCUAAUUCAAGCUUUUUGGCUAGUAUCCACUUAUCAAUGAGUACAGAAUCCUCAUUUCUUAGCUGUCUGAGUGCUUGACUCAUAAGCCUUUGCCACCAUGUGCAGCUGAAAUUUUUUCUUUUUAAAUAAGAAACAAGUAGAUAUUUGUAGAUCAAGUAAGAAAAAAAGGUUUUAAAUGCUCCCAGGUUCCCAGAAGAAUAAAGGCAGCCAUUCUCCUCAUUCUGUAUCUCUUCUGUGUCCAGCUAUUUAGCAUUUUUUUUAAUUGGGGACCAAAGACAGAUCCCUUGUUCUGUAUGUAUAUGCCUAAGGCAGAUAAAAAGCCAUCGAAAUUGAAGUGUUACAAUUUGUAGGAAGCAGUAUAAGGCCCCAUAUGUAGGAAAGACAUGCACGUAGAAUAAAAUUAAUUACUACAGUGUAGAAGCAUUGUCACUGAGCAGUAACGUCAAAGGCUGGAUGAGAAAAGUCAUUCGACUCAGCUGAGAGCUCACAAGUGCUCACCGGUGCUUAGUUCACUUGCCUGUGACUCACACUUACUUGUGCACGUAUCUAUUUUGAGGCAGGGUCUCAAUGUCUAUCACAGGCUGAUCUUGAACUCACAGAGGUCUGCCUGCCUCUGCCUCCUGAGUUGCUGGAAUCAAACAGCACACCUGGCCUGUAAUUUACACUUUUAAUACUAUAGUUGUUUUCUUUUCCCACCCCCUGAGGUUGGUAACUUCAAACUUUCUUCCUCAAUACCUCAGUGUAGUGAACACAGUAGCACCAGCAUAUCGUCCUGCACUGAAACCCUUGGGCCUCCAUUACCCACUCCUGAGUCUUCUUCUCACUGUGUCCCAGCUCUUCUCAGUUUUUCCAGACUAUUCAAUUAUUUUUGUCUUCACUUACUCUUGGAGUAAGGUCACUAUCUUUUGCCUGGAUUAUUGGAUUCUCAGUCAGACUCCCUACCACUACCUCAUACUUCCUCUUGUUUAGUCUUCACACAGCAUUUGUGUUUCUGCCUUGAAAUCCUCCACUGAGUUCAAGGCAAAGUCCAGAUUCCCAGAUGUGGCCCCCACGACUCUCCUGAAUCUGUCUCUCCUGAUUCCAUGCUCGCUUUCUCAUUUCCCAUCAUGCCUUGCUCUAGCUGACAGCCAACAGAGAUGUACAUUACAAAGGGAAGAGAAACGUGGGGCUGGAGAUAGUGAGUAGAGAGACCUGUUCCAGGCACAGCCUUGUUCCUGCAGUGUCACCGACUAGAAUGUAGAGACAGGCUGAUGAUCAGGGUGGCAGUCAAAUCAACACAGAGAGGAGCUUUUCAGUGCACAGGAUUCUGACAGCUGCCUAAUUAUUUAGAAAAGAAAUUAACGUAUCCCAGUUUCACUCCCUACCCCAAAUAACCACCAGUAAACUAAAAGCUUAAAUGUAGAGCCAUGCUAAAUUCUUAAAAAAUAUAAGCAAGAUAUUUGUUUGGAUGAUGAGUCAUUUUAGAGUGGCUGUGGCAUAAAGACUGAGUUCCACAAAGGAAGAGAAACCAAUCAAGUAACAGAAAAACACUGGGCUUUUCUAUACUUAAAAGGGAACAAACCCUGAAAUAAUGUUAAAGUUACAGGAAAAUGAGUAGAAAGGUUAUUUGUUGCGUUUCCAAUGGGCAUGAAUUAGGUUAAUAUCCUAAAUAAGGAGCUUUGAUGACUCAAAUAAUGAAAUACUCCAGUAAGAAAAUAUGGGAAGCCAGGCACAAGCAAUUCACAAGUCAGAGCACCGGAGAAGAAGUCACCUGAACUAGCAGUCAAAGGAACAAGAAUGGAGACUGUCGGGCUUGCCCCGCCCACCCCACUGGCCCACUCCACCCGCUCACCCUGUUCUGCUCUGGCUGAGAAAGAGUGAGGAGUGAAGAGUUUCGGGGCUUCCUACAGGCCCAGUCCUCUGAGCAGCUCACAUCAGAGGUGGGACAGACAGAGAUCUGUCUGUCCUCUGUUGUUGUUUGUUUCAUUCUGAACUCACCAUGUAGACCAGGCUGGCACCUGCUUCUGUCUCCCAAGUUCUUUUUAUCAACUGAGCCACCUCACCAGCUGGUUUAGGGUUUUAUUUUUAAUUAUGUGUAUGGGGGUGGGGUUGUGUAAAUGGGUACAGGUGCCUGCAGGAACCAGAGGCAUCAGAUUCCCUGGAGCUGGAGUAACUGACACUUAUGAGCUGGCUGACCUGGGUGUUGGGAGUUGAACUGAUGGCACUGAUAGAGCAGCACGUGGAUGGAAUCCUGAUCAUUUUUUUAAAAAAAAAAUAUUAAUUUUAUUAUUCUUAUUAGGUGUAUAUGUGUGUGCUGUGGCAGGGGUGGGGGGUAUUGUGUGUAUAACUGCAGGUGUCCUCAGCAUCCAGAGCAAGGUGCUAGGUCCCAUGGAGCUGCUCUUACAGGCUGUUGUGAGCUGUCUGAUGUGGAACUGGGAAGGAAACUCAGGUCCCCUGGAAGAAUAGUAAGUGCUCUUAGCCAUUGGGCCGUCUCUCCAGCUCCUUGCUUCUAAUUUUUCUUAUUGGAAAUUGAUUUAUUUACAUUGUAGGUUUGUGGCUGUGGAUGUGGGCACACACAGUGUAUAUGUGGAGGUCAGAGGACACCUGGGGAGUCUUCUCUCUUUCUGACCACGCGAGUCCUGGAGAGCACACUCAGGCUGUGGAGGGCUUGUAACUCAGUGUUCACUGCGUUAGAGAAGAGUCAAGAAGCGAUUGAGAUCACAAGUGAGGACCACAUCAUCCAGUAUGCAAACCCUGCAUUUGAAACAACAAUGGGUUAUCAGUCGGGAGAACUAAUAGGGAAGGAGUUAGCACAAGUGCCCAUCAAUGAGAAGAAAGGUGACUUGCUGGAUGCCAUAAAUUCCUGUGUCACAAUCGACAAGGAGUGGCAAGGAGUUUACCAUACCCAAAAGAAAAAUGGAGAUAACAUCCAACAAAAUGUGAAGAUAAUACCUGUCAUUGGGCAGGGAGGAAAAAUCAGACACUAUGUGUCCAUUAUCAGAGUGUGCAAUGGCAGCAAUAAGGUUGAGACCACAACUGAGUGUGUUCAGACUGAUAGUCAAACAGAUAGUCAGGCAGGCAAGCAUAAAGACAGGAGGAAACAUUCGAUGGACGUCAAAGCGGUUUCCUCCAGAACAAGCGAAGUUUCCAAUCAGAGAAGACAUUCCUCUCUGGCCCGGAUACAUUCUAUGAUGAUUGAGGCACCAAUCACCAAGGUAAUCAAUAUUCUUAGUGCUGCCCAGGAAAACAGUCCUGUGUCUGUGACAGAAGCCUUGAACCAUGUGCUGGAUAUCCUGAGAACCACUGAACUGUAUUCACCCCAGUUUAAUACUGAGGAUGACCCUCACGCCACUGACCUCGUUGGGGGCUUAAUGUCUGAUGGCUUACGGAGGUUUUCAGGAAAUGAGUAUACUCUUGCAACAAAAAGCCUUCGGCCAUCUUCAAGCCAGUUGGCCGUCCCCAUCUCCCUUCAUGAUAUCCCACCACGGAUUGCUCAGGUCAUAGAAAAUGAGGAGCAAUGGGACUUUGACAUUUUUGAGCUGGAAGCUGCAACCCAAAAUAGGCCUUUGAUUUAUCUAGGUCUCAAAACGUUUGCUCGUUUUGAAAUCUGUGAGUUCUUACAGUGCUCUGAGGCAACGCUGAAAUCAUGGUUUCAAAUUAUUGAAUCCAAUUACCAUUCCUCUAACCCCUACCACAAUUCCACGCACGCCGCGGAUGUGCUUCACGCCACUGCGUAUUUCCUUUCCAGAAACAAGUUAAAGGACACUUUAGAUCGCCUUGAUGAGGUCGCUGCCCUCAUCGCUGCCACCAUCCACGAUGUGGAUCACCCCGGGAGAACCAACUCUUUCCUCUGCAAUGCGGGAAAGGAGCUGGCCGUACUGUACAAUGACACUGCUGUGCUAGAGAGCCACCACGCAGCGCUGGCCUUCCAGCUGACCCUUGAAAAUGACAAAUGCAAUAUCUUUAAAAACACAGACAGGAAUGACUACCGGACACUACGCCAGAGUAUCAUUGACAUGGUCCUAGCCACAGAGAUGACAAAGCACUUUGAACACGUCAACAAAUUUAUCAACAGCAUCAACAAGCCUCUGAAAGCACAGAAAAACGAGGUUCAGGAAACUGGCAGAAGUCUGGAAGAUAUAAGAGCCAUGGUCAGGACUCCAGAGAGCCGGACUCUCAUCAAAAGGAUGAUGAUUAAGUGUGCCGACGUGUCCAACCCCUGCCGGCCCCUCGAGCACUGCAUCGAGUGGGCUGCACGCAUCUCAGAGGAGUAUUUCUCCCAGGUAAGGUGCUGCAUCUCAAGUCCACACACAGACACACACACACACAGACACACACAGACACACACAGACACACACACACACACAGACACAGACACACACACAUACACACACACACAGACACACACACACACACACAGACACAGACACACACACAUACACACACACACAGACACACACAGACACACACAGACACACACAGACACAGACACACACACUCACACACACACACAGACACAGACACACACACAUACACACACACACACAGACACACACACACACACUGACUCACACACACACACACACACACACACUGGAGGGAACACCAUGAGGCUACCAACUUAAAACUGGGAAAGAAAACUUUAAAAGAAAUUUUGUCUUUGAAAAAGAUUCAUUAUUUUGUACAUUUGUUGAUAAUAAAUUGUCAUCAAAUUGUCUUUCUUUUUAAGAAAGAUUUAUUUAUUUUAUGUAUAUGAGUACACUGUAGCUGUCAUCCGCUACACGGGAAGAGGGCAUCAGAUCUCAUUACAGAUGGUUGUGAGCCACCAUGUGGUUGCUGGGAAUUGAACUCAGGACCUCUGAAGAGCAGUCAGUGCUCUUAACUGCUGAGCCAUCCCUCCAGCCCCCAAAAUUGUUUUUCAUCAUCUGUAAAUGUGUUACAUUUUUAUGGUCCUCAUUCUUGUAGGACAUCUCUGCUGGGUUUGGAACCGUGGGUUGGCAGGUUUCUCCUAAAGCGCUGUCCCUCUCACAUCUCCCUGAGACAGCAGGAACACAGACUGCAGGUGUUUGCAGGUGUGGGAGUGGGCAGUGAGGGCCAGGAGUCCAGCAGUGGCAGGGCUUCACCAGAACUGUGGGCUUGCAUUUAAUCCAUACACUUACGAGGCAGAGGUGGGCAAACCUUGUGAGUUCAAGCCAGCCUGUCUGUCUACAUUAGAGAGUUCUAGGCUAGCCAGGGUUAUCUUGCCUCAAAAAAAAAGAAGGAAGAAGAGGACAAAGAAGAGGAAGAAGAGAAAGAGGAGGGGGAGGAGGAAGAAGAAGAGGAAGGGGAGGAUGAGGAGGAGGAAGAGGAGAGGAAACACAUGUUUAUAUGUCCCAAUCUCCUGUGAAACUUUUAUCAUGUUUAAGCUGCCGUUAGAAUAAAGCUGCCAGUCCAGAACUCUAUCUGCAGUGAGACACCCUUCAAGGAUCAGGGCAAGAUAAACUCAUUCUCAGACAAGGGAAAGUAGUCCGGUUCAUCUCAGGAAGCCUGAAGUGUAAGAAAUGCCAGAGGAAGCUCUUACGGUUGAAAGGAAGGGACCACAGACGCAAACUUGACUUUUCAAGAUGCAAAAGAGGCAUCCGUAACUGUCAGUUCCUGGGUGGCUCUACAGGACUCUUUAAAUUCUCUAAAUUCUCCAUAUUAAAACACAGAACAAGGUUCUCACAUUGCACUAUUAGGUCUAUGCUCUAAGUAAUAAGAUAGAAAAAGGCAGCCAGGUGGUGCCACACCUUUAGUCCCAGCACUCAGGAGGCAGAGGCAGGCAGGUCUCUAUGAAUUUGAAACCAGCCUGGUCUGCAAAGUGAGUUUCAGGACAGCCAGGACUACACAGAGAAACACUACUAGAAACGAUAUUUUAAAUAUAAAGAACAGAUGGAUGGUGGACUCAGAGAGGUAUAGCAUGCAAAUUAUGAACAAGUAGAACACCAUACAACUCAGAUAAAGCCAUCAAGACACAGGGCACUCUGGAAAUAGGAGGGCAAUUCCUACUGAGAAAAGGGCCCAUAACCACAAUGUGUAUGCACUUAAUAUCAGCAGAAUCAAAAGUCAUCCCCAGCCAGCAUUGGAGAGAACUUGUGGAAGACACACGAUUUGAACAUUAAUGGCAGAAAUAACACCAACCUUACAAAUUAUAUGAAAAAGGAAGGAGGCAGAUCACUCCUUAGCUGUCUUCAGUGCCCAGCAGGCAGUGCCAUGGGCUUCACAGUCUGCUUCUCAAGAACAUAGAAGUGGGGAAGCAGAGUGAGGCACGAGUUAGAGGACAUUAUGUCAGCACCAAGAAGUACAAGGUUGGUUGAAUCCUCGGAACUUGCUAUGGAGAUCAGGCUGGCCUUUGCUCCUGCAUGCUGGGAUUAAAACCAUGACUUAAGGUGCACCUAAGCCUGUGCUGUUGCCCAAUGGUGGGAGCAAAGCUGGAGGCCUGCUCUUAGCUCUGCUCAGCACUCUGUAGGUAUUCUUAGGCGCUGUCCUACAGCACAGUUCACCUGCAGGUAAGAUGGUGGCUGUUUGUUUUGGGCUUUGCUUUGUGUGUGUGUGUGUGUGUGUGUGUGUGUGUGUGUGUGUGUGU